AUGGCCACCAAGUUCCCCGCGCCGAGCUGGGCGACGGAGACCACCCACGCCAACCUCGCGCUCGAAGUGCGGAGCGGCGGGACGCUUCUGCGCCGGCACGAGCUCCCGCGCGGCCGCCGCGUGUUUGUGAUCGGGCGGCAGGCGGACGUGGCCGACGUGGUGGUCCGCGACGACGAGACGGCAUCGCGGCAGCACUGCGCCAUCGUGCCGCGCGGCGAGCGCCUCUACCUCAUCGACCUCCGCUCGACGCGCGGCACCUUUGUCGACGGGGCGCGCCUCCCGCCGAACGAGCCGACCGAGCUGUCUCCCGGCGCCAGGCUGGCGCUGUCGGACGCGCCGCCGUACUCGAUCGAGCUCGUCGGCCUCCCGCGCGCCGGCCUUGCAGCCGCCUCCUCGGUGCCCAUCUCCAUGGCGGCGGCGGCGCACGUGCCGUCCCGGUUCUCGGGCGACCCGUCCUACUAUAACCAAAAGUGGGACCCUGACGCGGCGGCCGCGAGGCGAGACGAGGCGCUUCAGUUGGAGACGAACCUCCGCUGGUCACCGCCUGCGUGGGCGGUGAUGGGGACGGGCGCGAGCCUCGCGGUCAACCUCGUCGAGGGCGGGGAGGUCGUCCAGGCGCUCGGCCUGCGGCAGAGUGAUUCGUAG